GUUGGACGUGGGAGGAACCUUUUUGGCAUUUUCAUCAGAUGUACAAGUUGUUAUUUGUUACAGCUUUUAGUUUGUCUGUGAUGAGUUCAGUGUGUUAUACUUUUAUGUUUGAAUCAAUCUGAAUGUUUGAUCAUAUUUACAUUAAUUUGUUUUAAAGAAAAAUGUCCACAUUGCUGUGUGGUGAGAUAUACAAAUUGAAAAUGCGCAAAUUCAAAUUACAAGUGGAUUGUGAAUCACACUUUGUUAUGUAGUACAAAACCAAAAACCUCUGAUAAUGUUUGGUACACGUUUCUUGGUGCAUUGAGUUUCAGUUAGGGCUCUUUAAAUAUCUAUCAUUUAUCAGUUAAUGUCUGUUGUCUUAAACCAUGCAAGCCUCCACUUUUUUGUUCUUGUGGUUUUCUGUAGAUGUUAUUAGUAGUGUAAAAGUAUAAUCAAGCCUUGAUGAACUCCGAUAGGAACUGGAUUGACUUUAUAGUUCAACAUACACUAGAGAGAGGAAGGAGAAGAUUUUUUAUUACUCAUUAAAAAAAGGACUGAGAAAGGACAAGUACAAUAAGAAAUAUCUUCAAGGAAUGUUACAGAAUCAUAUACAUAUAGAAGAAAUAUCAUCUUGUUUCUAAUUUCCCUUGGCAUGAAAGCAGCAUGGUUUUGGCAAAAGAAAAAGCAAGGGACUUGCAUAACAGAUGCUGGCUGGUCAAACAUACACCUUGAGGAAAGUAUUAGUGCGGGUAGACAUUUGUAGGGUGGUGACCGGCGCGCCGCCAAAGAAGAAAGAUAGAAGGUGAAAUUUACAAAGUACGUCGCAGUUCCAAAAGGACCAAUUUGAAUUUGAUCCUCUUUUAUAAUCUAAAGACCUUUCCCAAUUGGUUCAAAAGAGCUGAAGCAGAGUCGGGUUUGGGAGACUGACUGAUUGACAAAACCACCCCAAAAAAAAAAAGGGAAAAAAUGCCACAAGGCCUCGAUGUUUCCUCCCACACACACCACACCUGCUCUCCUUUCCCAACUCUCAAUAUCCUUGUCGAUUCCUUGCUAAUUUUCCUGAGAAACAAACGCCUCUUCUUUUCCAUUUUUGCCCUCACCACUUUCCCUCUCUCCCUCCUCCUCUUCUCCCUCUCCUUCUCCUCCCACCACCUCAAGUCCCACGUCUACCACCUCGAAUCUGUCGCCCGCCUCGCUUCCACACACUUCGAGGCCCGCCACGUCUGGAAGGAGUCUCGCAGCGAUGCCGUCUCGCUCCUCCGAAUCAGGGCUCUCUUCUUCCUCCCUUGCUACGCUCUCUCCCUCCUCGCCGCCGUCGCCGCUGUCACCUCCACCUUUUCCGCCUGCAACGGGAAGCGUCCGAGUCUCCACGCGGCUGUUUCCGCCUUUAAGAUGACGUGGAAGAGACCCCUCGUCACCACCAUUUGCGUCUACGCGAUCCUCCUCGCGUACGUUCACGUGCCGUUGAUGCUCGCGGCGAUCUUCGGUCGCUCUCCGGCGUCGAGAUUCUUGAUCCUGCUUGUGGGGUCCGGGGUGGAGAUUUACCUGAUGGCGGUGAUGAGUAUGGGCCUGGUGGUGUCGAUCACGGAAGAGAGAUACGGGUCGGAUGCGAUCCUGGUCGGGUCCGGUUUGAUGGCAGGAAGGAGGGUUUGCGGGUGGGUGCUGUCGGGUUUGUUCGUUUUGAUGUCGGGGAUCAUCGCUAGGAAGGUGGAGGAUGCGAUGGACGGUCAGGAUUCGUGGUCUGUGAGGAAAAUUGCGAUGGAGAUGUGGAACAAAGUGGGCUUGAUGGGCCUGUACGGAACGGUGGUGCUUUGGAGCUUUGUCGUUACAACCGUUUUCUAUUGCGACUGUAGAAAGCGCCAUGUAAAUAGGAGUGAAAGUGAUACUGAAAUGGUUAUUGUUUAGUUAUUUGUAUUUCCCUUUUUUUUAUUUUUUUCUUUCAAUUUUUAUCUCUCAAGCAACAUAGAAAUAUCUUUUUUUUGCUUUUUUUGUUUUUUGAACAAAAUACAUGUUCAAAUUUAAAUAGUUGCGAAGUUUGAUGAA